AGUUUUUAAAUCGGGGAAUUUAGGGCAAGAUAGGGUUUUAGAAGAGACAUGUCGAAUCGCAAGGAGACUGUGCUCGAUUUGGCCAAGUUCAUCGACAAGGGCGUGUGCGUCAAGCUCAGCGGCGGGCGCCAAGUGAUCGGGACCUUGAAAGGCUAUGACCAGCUACUCAAUCUCGUCCUGGAUGAGGCAGUCGAGUACUUGAGAGAUCACGAUGAUCCAUUGAAGACAACGGAUCAAACCAGAGCUCUCGGCCUAGUGGUUUGUAGAGGUACCGCGGUGAUGCUCGUCGCUCCAACUGAUGGUACCGAAGAAAUCGCCAACCCUUUCGUGACACAAGAUCCGGCCGUGAUAUAGUCUCCAGGGAAAAGCCUUUCUUUUUUUCUCUCCAUUGCUGAGCCUGCAAGAAUGCGUCACUCUGAUAAGCUCUUCCUCAAGCCAAGCAGAUCCACUCGUGGGUCUUAUCUCUCAACUCUUCCCAUCCAAAUUGGAGAUGCUCCCUCAGUCUUCGAUGGUAUGAUCGAAUCUGCUUAUGCUAAGAAUGGGCAUUUGGAUCGAGAUUUGUGAGCUUGGUUUUGUGAAGUGCCAUGCUAAAGUGGAAACCUAUCAUGUUCUUUUCAUGGAUGUGGAAGAAGGAUCUAGCAUUGUGGAAAACUGUUAGGGAGAAGAAGAAUUUGGUUUCAAAUGUGGGGGAUUCUUUCAAUAAGGAGAGAAAAAUGAUACACAGGUUCUUUUUAUGGAUUUGUGGAACAUAAUAAUUAAGUAUAUCAAGAAUGGCUUUUUGAAA